AUGGCUAGCAAGUGGAUAAACUCAUGCACAGAGUCUGUGCAUGCCAAAAUGACCAAUGCCGAGACCGCUUGUGGCAAUCAGGAACCUGUACCUGCCCCAACCCUGCACAUGGAUGUCCAGUGCUUGGAGCUUGACAUAGCCUUGCAUCUGGAUAUCAUUCUGAGAGUACUUGUAGUAGUGCAUGCUAGGGCUGUAUAUCCAGCCACCAAAGCUGAGGAGGAGUUUAAGGUGCUGUUUGGCUUUUUUGAGGAGGUGGAGAGCUUGAGAGAGAGGUGGAAAGACAUACUUGGAGCUCACAUUAGGGUCAUUAUAGCUAUCACUAAAACACCACACCACCAGAAUCUUGUCUAUGUUCACAGUCUCCAAUGCUUGCUUCGCACCAUGUGA